AUGGAGGUUUGUUGGAGGAGUAUUCUUGAGAUGCAGGAUUGCCUUGAUGUGUGUGGGGUCUCUGACAUAGGAUUCAAGGGCCCUAGUUACACUUGGAAGAGGGGUAACUUACAAGAAAGAAUUGAUAGAGCUUGUGCAAAUAAGGAGUGGAAUACGGCUUGGCCCAACAGAUUUCUUGGUCAUCUUCCAUUCUUCAAUUUGGAUCAUAAACCAAUUCUGGUCAGCAAUUAUCAAACUACCCGAGAGUUGAAUAGUGUGAAGCAAUUCAAGUUCCUUGCUACAUGGCAGACAAACCCAGAUUUUGGGAAUAUUGUAAAAAAGUGUUGGGAGAAGAAAGAGGCUUGGUCUGAAGCUAGAAUAGAGUUUGAGGUUGAAGCUUCCAACUGGAACCAUCAUGUGUUUAGAGAGGAGAUGAGACAAAAGCAUAGAUUAUAUGCUAGAAUCCAGGGCAUUGAUAUGGAGCUGGAAUCUAGAUAUGAUAGGGACCUUGUGAGGUUGCAGGGUGAUCUUUGGAAGGAUUUGGAGAUGAUCUUGCUUAGAGAGGAACUGUCUUGGUUCCAAAGAUCUAGAGUUUCUUGGCUGAAAUUUGGUGAUAAAAACACAAAGUUCUUCCAUUCGACUACCAUUGCUAGAAGAAGAAACAACAAAGUGAUGACCAUCAAGAAUAAGAUGGGAGAGUGGACUGCAGACUCUAAUGAUCUUGUGAAUACAGUUGUGGGCUACUUUGAGAAACUAUUUCUGGUUGAGGAAGGGGCUAUUGAGGAUUAUCCCAUCAAGGGUGUUUUCCCCAGGUUGGAGGCUGUUGAGUUGAAUAAGUUAGCCAUAUUCCUGAUGAGGAGGAGAUUAAGAACAUUGUUUUUAAAAUGGGUAGAUUUAAAACUCCAGGGCUGGAUGGUUCAGGAUGUUAAUCAAACUCAUCUUUGUUUGAUUCCUAAAAAAGACAAUCCAGAAUCUAUGAAAGAUUUUAGGCCAAUAAGCCUGUGCAGUGUUUCUUACAAGCUGGUUACAAAGAUUAUUGCUGAUAGAUUAAGGGAGUUGAUGCCUAAACUGGUUAGUCCGAAUCAGUGUGCUUUUAUCAAAGGUAGGAAUAGUGCUGAUAAUAUCCUGGUGGCUCAAGAGAUCAUUAACUCAAUGCAAAGGAAGAAGGGUGAUAAGCGGGAUGAUUUGGAUUUGCCUAGCAAUCUGGUUUCUGUCAUUGAUAAAUGUAUUGGCACUAGUGAAUUGAAUGUGCUUUGGAAUGGGAAACCUACUAAAUUCUUCAAGCCUUCCAGAGGUAUAAGGCAAGGGGAUCCUAUAUCCCCUCACCUUUUUGUUCUUUGCAUUGAAAGACUUGGCCAUCUGAUCCAAGUAGCUAAUGAGGUUAAGGCCUGGAAACCUAUUUUGCUUAGGAAAAACGGUCCUCUAAUUUCACACCUAUUCUUUGCUGAUGACAUCUUGCUUUGUAUGGAGGCUUCUUUGGAGCAGGCUUUUGUGGUGAACCAAGUUCUCAGGGUGUUUGCUUUGAGCUCUGGUCAGAAUAUUAGCCUGGAUAAGACUCGUGUCUUCUUCUCUAAAAAUGUUGGCUUCAACAAAUCUAAGGAGAUCAGCGAAUGCUUAGGCAUAAGGAGUACUCCUAAUUUGGGGAAAUACUUGGGAGUAUAUUUGAAUCAUUCUAGAGUUACCAAAGCAUCCUUUGGUCAUGUAAUGGAUAGGGUCAAGAGCAGGCUGAGUUCUUGGAAUGCCAAGUCUUUAUCUCUAGCUGGAAGAUUGACUCUGGUUAAAUCAGUUAUGGCUGCAAUGCCAAACUAUGCUAUGCAAACAGCCUGGAUCCCUAAAUCUAUGUGUGAAAAUAUUGAAAAGCAGGCUCGUGGAUUUAUUUGGGGCUCCACUGAAAAUAAGAGAGGUGUGCAUCUAGUUAAUUGGGAAACUAUGUGCACUAGGAAGCUGUCUGGAGGUGCUGGCUUGAGAAAUAUUAAAGCUUUUAAUCAAGCUUUUGUCAUGAAGGUGGGCUUUGGUUUAUUAACAAAGAAGGAGACUCUGUGGGCCAGAGUUCUGAGAAAUAAAUACAAAGUUGAAGAGGGUCUGGUUCCCAGAAUUGCUAGAUCAGUUGGUGAUAGUAAUAUUUGGAGGGGUUUGUGUUCUUCUUGGAAUCAAAUUCUGGCUGGGUCUAGUAUAGUAAUGGGGGAUAGGAGGCUCAUAAAUUUUUGGUUAGAUUGCUGGGUUCUUGGAAUAGGGAGGCUUAUUGACAAGGCUACUGCACAUGUUCCUGUCGGUGCUCAAACUUGGAGAGUAGCUAACUGUGUGACCCAGAAUGGUGGAUGGGACUGGGAUAAGUUCAAUAGGUACCUUUCUACAGAAGUUUGUGAAGUUAUUGCUGAUAUUGAGGUCCCUAAGGUGGAUGAUGGCACUGAUAAGGUCAUUUGGAGGCCUUCUAGCAAUGGAUUGUUCUCUGUCAGGUCUGCCUACCAGUUCAUCAGAGAUGAGGCAGCUAACUUGCCUAAUCAGGAUAAUUUGUGGGAUUGUGCUUGGAAGUGGCAGGAUCCUGAAAGGAUAAAGCAUUUUUUAUGGCUUCUUCUAGGGAAUAGUCUCCUGACUAAUGAGCAAAGGUAUAGAAGACACAUGGGUGGAGAGGCUCACUGUCCCAGGUGCUGCCACCCCUGUGAAGAUUGCAAACAUGUAAUGUGGGAUUGUCCUUGGGCUAAGAAGGUCUGGAUGCUAUUAAAUCCUAAGUUCAAUGUGAUCCAUUUCUCUGGUAGCAGCUUUUCAGAUUGGCUUAGAAGCAACCUGAAGAUCAAAAAGGAGAAGGGUCUGGAGCAGGGCUGGAGCCUCACGUUUAGAGCCACCUGCUGGAUGCUAUGGCAAGCUAGAAACAAUCUAGUCUUUAGAAAUAAAGUGUGCUCUCCUGAAAGUUUUUGCUUUAAGGUUAGAACUUAUGUUAAUGGUAUUAUUCAGGCUGAAAAAACCUUAGGAGUGAUUGAUAAUAGCCCAAGGAAAAUGGAGGACUGUAGUGUGAGUUGGCAGCCUCAUCUUGAGGGCUGGAUUAAAAUUAAUUUAGAUAGAGCCUGCUCCCUAGAUGGUUUGAGAAGUGGAUGUGGUGGGGUCUUGCGUAAUAGUAAUGGUAGAUGGAUUGUAGGAUUUAUGAAGAAAGUUGGCUAA